AUGGAAGAAGAAGAAGCUUCAAUUGAAGAACUAAAUGAAAAAGAAGACGAACAUGAUGUUGAUUGGGAGUUCUGGUCAAAAGUUAUUUCAAAUUACAGUCAAUUCACCCAAUCAGAAACAAAGCGACUAUCAGCUCAAGUUGUACAACACGGUAUACCCUCUGCACUACGAGGCACCAUUUGGCCUCUGCUCACAAACACAUCCAACUUACAAGGCUUACAAGAAGUAUACAUUCAAUUGCUAAGGCAGGAAUCAGUAUAUGAGAAAGCAAUCACCCGCGACCUUCAUAGGACAUUUCCACAUCAUCCUUACUUUCAAAGCACUCAAGGACAAGAAGCAUUAUUUAAUGUCGUAAAGGCAUACUCGAUUUAUGAUCCUGAAGUGGGCUACUGUCAAGGACUUGCAUUUGUAGCAGGUCCUCUCUUAUUGAAUAUGCCAGAAGAGGAAGCAUUCUGCAUGCUUGUUCAGUUACUUGAAAAAUACAAAAUCAGAGGCCAAUUCACGCCCCAGCUUGAUUUAUUAAGACUUCGAUUACACCAAUUUGAUGGACUCCUGCAAGAUCACUUGCCACAUAUACACAGACACUUUAAUGAGCAAGGGAUACGAUCCAACAUGUAUGCAUCGCAGUGGUUUCUAACCUUAUUUGCUUAUAAAUUCCCUCUAAAGGUGGUUUAUCGCAUCUACGACAUCUUAUUUACAGAAGGAGCCAAUUGCCUAUUCAGGAUUGGAUUAGCAUUGCUGGCAAAAAACCAAGCCAAUAUUCUCUCCCUAGACUUUGAUUCACUUGUCACCUAUUUGAAAGAUGAUAUGCUUGAUGUUUAUGAGGGCAAUGUCACUGAUCUACUAAGUGAAUCACAUAGCAUUAUCAUCUCUCAAAAGCGUCUUGAAAAGCUAGCCAAAGAUUAUCAGAUCGAAAGCACAAAGGCAGACAAUGAAGCAUGCUUGAUUCAGUCUUUAAAAAAGGAAAACAGACUACUUGCCGAGAAAUUCAAGAAUCUUAGCAAAGAGAAUCAAAAAACAAAAGAGGAGCAUGCGCAGGCCGCAAAAGAAUUAGAAAUCAAAAGUAAAGAGUUGACACGAAUCCAAGAUGAACGUGAUGCACUACGGCAACAAAACCAAGAGCUGAAACAGAUGGUGGAACAGAUAUCGAUCAAGGUUGAAUCACACAUGCAGUCUGAUAUGGAAAAGUUAUAUACAAAGAACCAGCUAUUGACACAAAAGAAUGCACAACUACAGGAUCAAUUGGCCGAUAUGGAAAAUGUAUUGAUUGAGAUAAAGCUGAAAUAUGCUUUAAGUGAAAGCGAAAGAGAGAAACUGAGUCAAAGACUGUGCGAAUUAAAGAAAUGUGUGAAUUCAACUCUGUAA